AUGAUGAACUCCAUUCUCUAUAUCUGCGCUUUCUUAACGGCUUUCAAGGGCGUCCAAGCUGGUUUCGACCCGAACAGCAACAGUAAUAUAUUUAUGUACUGGGGCCAAAACUCCUUCGGCAAGCUUGAAGAAGAGGGUGGUCAGAAGAGUUUAGGAUUCUACUGUAAGAAUGCACCCGAAGUUGAUGUUUUUAUCAUUUCUUUUGUUACCAAGAUCUUUGGCCGAGGCGGAUUUCCUGAGGUCAACUUUGCCAAUGCUGGAAAUAACUGCACCACUAUUCCUGGAACUGGACUGCUUAAGUGCCCACAAAUUGCUGAAGAUAUCACUGCUUGUCAGAAUCUUGGGAAGACGAUUCUUAUAUCUAUUGGAGGUGGCACCUAUAAAGAGGGUGGUUUUCCCGAUGAGGGCACUGCAAGGGAUUCAGCAGUUCAACUAUGGGAGUUAUUUGGUUCUGUAAGAACCAUUAGUCCUUUCUAUAAAUAUCGUCCAUUUGGCGACGCUGUUGUCAAUGGUUUCGAUCUUGACUUUGAAAAUCAAGUUAUGAAGAACGCGGUUGUUUUUGCAAACACAAUGCGCAACCUGUUUCCCGAAGACCCAUCACGGCAGUAUUUUCUGACAGUUGCCCCGCAGUGUCCUUACCCCGAUCUCGCUAAUAACGAGAUGUUGGAUGGUGCCGUUUGGUUUGAUGCGGUCUUGGUCCAGUUCUAUAACAAUUAUUGUGGUGUCAAUGCCUUUGUCCCUGGUGCUCCACAACAGCCUAACUUUAACUUCGAGACGUGGAACACCUGGGCCGAUAACAUCUCCCUGAACCCUAAUGCCAAAAUCAUCCUGGGCGUUCUUGGUAAUUUCGGUGCUGGUAGCGGUUAUGUGACAGCUGGCAUCAUCGGUGCAAUCAUUCAGUAUAUAUUCGACUUUCGCUGGACCUCCUUCGGUGGUGUCAUGAUAUGGGAUGCCAGCCAGGGAUUUCCCAAUCCUGGAUUCAUAUCUGAAGUUCGCUCUUCUCUGCCGCCUAAACCAACUCCUACCACGACAACUACUUCAACUCCAACUCCUUCCACUACGACAACCACUCCAACUCCAACUCCUUCCACUACGACAACCACUCCAACACCAACUCCUUCCACUACGACAACCACUCCAACACCAACUCCUUCCACUACGACAACCACUCCAACUCCAACUCCAACUCCUCCUGCCACGACAACUACUUCGAAGGAAUCCACGACAACUACUACCACUUCGACUGCUCCAAGCACCACCUGCCCCGUGCCAGGUGGCCCCUGCCCUACCGAUGGAGUCUAUGCCUGCGCCGGUAACAGAUUUGGUGUCUGCAACCAUGGUCAGUGGGUUUUCCAGUCCUGUCCCCCUGGACUAAUUUGCGUCCAGGCCGGAUCCGGAGUUUACUGUGAUCAUCCUAGUGCUGCUAAACCAGUGUGCUGA